GCUCCCACUAUCCUCAAUCUCGUCCGACCUUGCCCCCCCCCCCCCCAACGCUCACCCACAUGUCGGACACAUUUCGUCACCGUUUUUUCUGAACAACUCGGAAUAACUUUGGUGGUCAUAGUUCCUUCAAAUGAGCAGUUAUCAACCUCGACACUGAUUCUCAGCCCCUUGAUGGAUACCCUCCUCGGUAGCAUGUCUUGAAGCCCAAGCUACUGGUAUUUCUUUCGGCACAAAACUGCUUGCCACCACCUGGCUGUCUACUAUCUGAGCGGCUGCUCUUCGUCAAGCCGAGAGCUAUAGCAGCAUCGUUAAUCAUGGAGCAACUGCCCUCAUAUCAGGAUGCUACCGGGAAGAAAGAAUGGCUCGAGCUGGUAGCACCUUACAUUGAUGCCUCCGAUUACCAAAGCCUGUGCUGCGUUUCCAGACAAUUUCGUAGGGUUUUUGCCCCACGAGCUUGGAAGGAUCCUCUUUCCGUUGUACGCACAUUGAAUCGGGAUACAGCCUAUGACUACCGUUGGUACUCGAGGUUUCUUGGCCGUGUACGACAAGUAGACACCUCAGUAGCGUCCAUGGUAGCCAUUAUGGACUUCCGCGGCUUCGCCCCCACUCCUGGACUGGAAGAAUACCAAGAUGCAUACAAUAGGAGCUUUCAGGAGCUUGCGAUUCGGCUCCCCAACCUGCGCUGCUUGUUGCUCGAUGGCCACCCACAACUCAGCCUGUCUAUGCUAUCUAGGCAUGCCUUGCGAUCGAGUACCGUCGAUUCCCUAGACAAGAUCCACCUAGUCAGCAUCGCAAAUUGUGGAACGUCGCUUCCAGCAAAGUUCUUUGGCGACCAAUGGCUUAGUGGCUUGGUCUAUCUAGACAUGUCAAACACCCCUGGGACUCUCGGAAACCAAUGGGCGCUUACAUCCCAUGACCUGCCGCACCUCCGCAUCCUGAAGCUCGGGAGAAAGAAUCUGACUGAUUGGACUGCUGGCGCCAUCGUACGCGAAUUCGGCACGCGGUUGUGGAGUCUUGACGUUUCCGGGAACGGCCUCACGGACAACUUUCUCAGAAUGCUGUUGGAACACAGUCUCCCUACCUAUGCAAACACUGAGCUACGGAUCAACAACCAUUUCGCUGUUGAAGGGCAAUUAAGACCGGUGUUUGAAACUGGCCAUCCCCGCGCCAACCGUGGACUGUAUUUUGUCGACGAGUCUGAUCAGAGCGCGACAUUUUCGUCUGCUGAGCGAUACCUUGCGGACCCCCCAAUCUACGACUCUUUGAAUGGCGAUUCUAUCAGCGAACAAGGUCAAGUCAGAUUGCGUGGCCGAUCUAGGGGGCAGGAACGCAUCAGAGGUGACUCGGCGGAGGACGCGGUCAGAGUUCUAGCAGGUGCUGAAGGGGAAGAAUUACCUGAUGCACUACACCCCCAACACCAAAGGCUUCAUUGGCCGUCUCCCCAGGCAGGUACCACGCAUUUGCAUCUCAACGAGCUCAGGCUCAGCGCAUCUGCCGUCAAGUCUUUUCUUAGCGAGUCUUCUGGUCACAUUGAACACUUCGAAUGCGACCGAACAUCGCUGUCGUCUCACUACGCCUCUUUCUGGCAGAGCAAAGCGCCGUUCCUCUCCAAAGCCGCCACCUUGUAUGCUCUCCCAGGGGCUGCGUACCUCUUCCGCCCCGUCAUAUCGUCGAAUUUGCGCGUGCUCAAGAUUCACCAUUCCUUGAUCACCAACACCCCUACUCUCGAUUCUCGAAGCACCGGCGAGUUGACCAACCUGUGGUUGGCCGAGACAUACAUGCGCAAAAGGCUCGAUCUCGCCUAUCCGCAGACGUACGUCCCAGACAUGAACCCGCGUCUUUAUUCACUCACCAUCUCUGUGAUCCCGCGCUACUCGACCGGUGUCGUCGCCCAACGACUGAUCAACUUCCUGCGUCUUGUCGCUAUCCAGGAGCAAGAGAUCGAAAGCACAAGAGCUGCAGUGCCAUUCCGAGGACCGCCGGUGUUGCGUGGUCUCCGCCACGUCCGACUAGAGUUUGAGCCAGACGCCAAGGACGACCUCGGCUCUCUCGAUGACGAGACUGAUGAAAAGGACUCGGCAAAGUUUAUUGAAGAGGGCACAGGAGCGUUCUCCUUCUUCGAGGGCGCAUGGGAUCCAUCAUCCUCGUCUGUCACGUCCAGAGUGACGGAACAUUCGACUACUGAGACCGCAAACGUGAGUGACGUCGAUACCCAUCGCAAUGCCCUCUCCACCACCGCGGAACGAAUCAGCGACUAUCCUUUCAAUAAGGCGAUAGACGAGCAGGUCAACUUCAGCCUCCUCGCAGGCGGCGAUGGCGAUCAGCCCCCCAAGCUGGUCUCAGUCUGGGUGGGAUCAGGGAUCAUCAGCCCGAACAAACCGCCCGCCAUCAACGAGUACAUGAAGAACACCUGCGACACGGCCAACCGCACGGACGUCUGCCCCGCGACGCCCUGCCACGUCGCCGCCGGCGUACCGCCGGGAUCGUUCAUAUUCGAGCGCGCGUGGGACGCGAUAACGCUGCCGGGGGCCACCACCAAAGUCAGGCUGCCCACCAAGGCGGAGCUGCGGGCCAUGGAGGACGUGGUCGCGCGGGUCAAGGCCUUCCGGCUGGAGUCGCGGCGAGUGUACGCCGCGCUGGAGCCCGGGCGCCGCAACGCCGUUGGGCAGCACGAGUACUGGCGGGGCCGGCUGGAGCUUGUGCUACCGCGACCGCGGGUGCACUCGUCGGAUUAUUGGAGGUAGAUUGAUCGUGGCCUGUCAGUUAUCGGAGCGAAGAAUACGUAUGGUACAACAAUCUUCGCGUUUGUAGAUACGAACUGCCAUCCAAGAGCUACAGCGCGAGUGAAUAUUGCUCUCGGGUAUCUUCCUCGAGGCUAGCAUUUAACCAACAGAGGCAAUCAGAUGGUUUUCGGCCGCCCUGUAAAGCCCUGCUCGGCCACGGUGAAAUACAGUGGGUUUGACGCCGUUGGGAUCAAUAGCCGAGGCCUGAAUUAAGCACGAAGGGCCAACGGUCCACCACGCGACCGCGAUAGGGGUAAUAUCAGAGCUUAGGCGUACGCGCAAAUCGCCCUAUGACUCGGGAGUCCCACCCA